AUGGCCGCCACUUUCGAAAAAAGUGAUAUCGAACACAUUGACGAGAAGGAAGAGUCUGUCUACGCUUCGAAGCCGCAUCAGGUUGUUCAGAUUGACAAUAUACAAGUACUUGGACUCGACCCAGACGAUGCAGACUUUUACAUCAACUUCUCCGACGAGAAGAGAAAACGCGUGAUCCACAAGGUAUGGACCAGAUCUCAACAUGGUGUCCAGAAUGAUACUGAUGCUCAUCAGGUUGACAUACGCCUCGUGCCCAUGCUUGCCAUACUAUACCUCAUUUCGCACAUUGACCGAGCCAACAUCGGAGUACAUGGCGUUCAGUGGAACAUUGUCUUGUCAGUCUUUUUCGUGCCAUAUAUCCUGCUCGAGAUUUCGUCCAACAUGCUAUUGAAGCGAUUCAAGGGCCCAUCCUACUACCUCGGCAUACUCGUCGUCUACUGGGGUAUCGUUAUGACGAUGAUGGGUGCCGUGAAGAAUUUCGUUAGUUUGCUGGCUACACGUAUUCUUCUUGGUGUCUUUGACGUCUUCAAGCUGCAGGUAUCGCGAAGAUGGAUGGUGUUGGUGGGUACGAGGGACGAGAUUCGCUACCUUGAGCUCCAGAGAUUUAUCAAGGAUGGUGGCAAGUUCCAAGAGGAAAAGGCGCAUUUCCGAUGGAAAGACGUCAAGAUAGUGUUGUGA